AUGUCUGCCGCCUUUGAGGUGGUCAAGAGCUACGCGACGACGUCCGUUGAUCUAUUCAAACACGGUCACGUUUUCACCGCGAUCAGCCCCUUCCGCGCAUUCCAAGCCACCAUCUUCCUCGUGUCAUAUGUCCUCAUCCAGCAACUCGUUGUCCACACGUUCUUCAAGCCGAGUCCACCCAAGAAGGAUGGGCCUUUGCCAAAGCCGCGCGGGCGCAUUGCCGUCGUCGGUGCUGGUCUGACCGGUGUCUCGUCUGCUGCGCACGCCAUUGCCCACGGCUUCGAGGUCGUGAUAUACGAGUCAAAGGAUAGCGUCGGAGGUAUCUGGGCCGACGUCAACAGCACGUCUUCUCUUCAGUUGAACUCUUUGAUCUACCGCUUCCAUCCGGCCGUACUCUGGAAGCAUACCUAUCCGGCUCGCGAUGAGAUUGUAUCCGAGGUCACUCGUAUCUGGAAGGAGUACAAGCUCGAGUCUCGGACUAGGUUCAACACUCGUGUCAAGUCUGCCCGUCGUGCUAAUGGCACUUCGUCCCCUGGCGCUAAGUGGGUCAUCAACGACGGCGCCGACGGUGAAUUCGACGCCAUCAUCGUCACCGUCGGUACCUGCGGCAAGCCGAAAAUGGCAGGAUUUCCUGGUAUGCCACAUACGCACUGGGAGGAUGAGAAGGAGGGCAAAAAGGGCAAGGGGGACCGUGAUUCCCGCAGCCAUCGACCAACCGACUACCAUGCCGAUCGGAAACCCGUGAACCGUAUACGUCAAUCAGACGAUGCGCAGAAGGUCGCUGAGAAGAAAAAGAAGGAGGAGGACAAGAGGCGCAAAGAGCAAGAGGCGCGUUCCAACAAGCGCGGUGCCUACCGCGACAUGGAUGAAAUUGCAUACCCCGCGCUCAACCCCGAUUCACCCGCUAACCCGCAAAUGUCCGGCGCCCCAUCGUUUGCUGAAGUCGCCACUCAGCCUCCAGCGGAGGACUCGGCCGCCAUCAACUCUGAGCCCGAGGGUACGAAGGACGCCGACGAGGUCAGCGAAUCUGGGCUUUGGGAAGACGCAGAAGAUUCGGGCACCGUCAAGGAACAGGGAUCUGAACCUGGCGAUCAUGACCACCAAGACGGCGAGGAGAAGUUCCAAGGAGACGUGCUCCACUCGUCCGAGCUAGACGAUGCAGAGCUUGAGGGACGGACGGUCCUCAUCAUCGGCAGCGGAGCGUCUGGUGUCGAAGCGGCCGAGACGGCGCUUCAACAGGGCGCAAAGAAGGCCAUCGUGAUUGCUCGCCAGGACAAGUGGAUCAUCCCUCGCAACACAUUCAUUGACACAAUCAUCUCCGCUCAGCCUUUCGGCCAGGAAAUGCCUCUCAGCUUCGUUUGGGAAUGGUUCAUCCGCACGUUCCACUACCGCGACCUCAAGGAUCUCUCGCCCAAGGGCCUUGGUAUCUACGAGGGCACACCUGUCGUCAACAACGCAUUCCUCGACCACAUUCGCGCCGGCAAGGUACAGUAUAUCCGUGGCGAUACUGAGCGCUUGGUCGAGAACGGCGUGCGCGUGAAGACCCGCACUCGCGACCAACCCGUAGGCGCCGAGGACGCGAAGUCAGAGACGAUCGAGGGCGACAUCGUUGUGCUCGCCACUGGAUUCGAGCGGCCUACUCUCGACUUCCUCCCUGAUGACGUGUUCCCUGAUGGCUACGCUCGCCCGGACCUGUACCUGCAGAACUUCGCGACGGAGGACUGGAGCGUGCUUUGCACCAACUCAUCAUACGUGAAUGCCAUCGGCACCGUUGGACAUAUCCAUAUCGGCAUCUACACGCGUAUUCUCCUGCUCUUCCUCCUCGACGCAGGCGCGCGUCCCGACGUUCGCGACAUGAAGCUUUGGGUCGAUGUCGUGCGCUUCGUUAAGCGUGGCGCGAAGGGCGGUGCCCUUGGCUUCUUCACAUACAUGGAGCUCUGUAUCUGGUUCUUGACCUUCCACGUCUUCCGUCCCGACCGCCUCCGUUGGAUUUUCUUCACGAUGCAGGGCUGGGGCGUCCCGAUCGAACACUGA